CCUUUCCCAGAGCCGUGAAUUAUCGUAUACGCUUCAGGUCCGCUUCGCUCCCUCCCUCUCCAACCAACCCAACACUCACAACAUAUAUCCACGCCUCUAGUGUUUGUUUUCUUCACUUAUUCUAUUUCCAUUCCCGCGGUCAACUUUCAUUGCUCAAAGCUAGCGCUGCAGGCGGCUCUGUGAAACGCUGCACUUUAUAAUAGGACGCUUUGCGGUAACGAGGCACACGAUACAAUCCGUUUCUUUGACCACUGCUCGAGUAUACAUCUACUGGUAACCGCACUCUAUAGUCGUCAUCUCUUACAGCAUUCCCGUCGUCGUCAUCCUUUUCCAUCGUGCCCAUACCAGCGCACCCAACCAUCUCCCUCCACUUUUUUGACAAACACGUCUUGCCGGUGACGUCUUUUCAACACAACAUCCCCCCAUCCCCUCCUCCACAUCCAUCUCGCCCGGAAUCGUAGACUCGGAUCCGGGUGCAUUGUAUCGGGCUGUUCAGCAGCUUUCAAUAUGCCGAUUUUGGACAUCUUCACCAAGCGAAAGCUUCCGAACAGAGUGGUCCUAUCCUAUAUUUUUGACUACGUUGUCAUAAUAGUUUUCAUUCUAAUCUUCUCGGCCCUUGAUCUCGCCGAACCUUACCACCAGCACUUUUCGCUCAAUAACGAAUCAUUACAGUACCCAUUUGCCGAGAAGGAGCGGAUACCUGCUGUUUGGGCCGGUGUUUUAUCAUGUUUGUUUCCACUGGUCUUUAUCAUCUUCUGGACCAUGUUGAUCGACGGCCUUUAUUCUCACCACAAACCCCCGAAUAGCCGGAGACGCUUGCUAGGUAACAACGGAGCAUGGACUUUGUCGGAUAGGCUGUGGGAAAUGAACUGUGGAAUAUUAGGGUUGGGAUUGAGUGUUGCCGCCGCCAUCGUUAUGACCGGCGCAUUGAAAAACACCACCGGCAAACCGAGACCGGAUAUGCUUGCUAGGUGUAAGCCUAAGGAGGGCGCUCAAAAUGCUCCGGUGUACGGUCUUGCCUCGUACGAUAUUUGUACCGGCGACAAACAUAUCUUGAAGGAUGGUUUUAAGAGUUGGCCUUCUGGCCAUAGCAGUAUUGCAUUCGCUGGCCUCGGAUAUCUCUCGCUUUUCCUUGCUGGAAAACUUCAUGUCUUUGAUACUCGUGGUGAGGUAUGGAAAACCAUGCUCGUACUAAUUCCCCUUCUCGCCGCAAGUCUUGUUGCUGUGAGUCGUAUCAUGGAUGCCCGUCAUCACCCUUUCGAUGUCAUCACUGGUGGUAUGAUGGGAUUCUUCGUGGCCUAUGUUUCUUACCGCCAAUACUUUCCUCCUCUUUCCGAAACCUGGAAGAAGGGUCGUGCCUAUCCCAUGCGGUCUUGGGGAACCGACACUGCCGAACGGAAGCAAAUGCAACUCGGAAUGUACGAAAAUAACCCAUCCAGGGGCGGCCUAGUAGCCGACGAAGAGGAAGGUGGAAAAAUAGGCGUUUAUAAUCCAAGUGCAGCACCUAUGACAAGGGGACCAAGUGCAGGCGCACCUGGUAUAGUUGGUAGUGGAAAUGGGUCCGGGAGUAGAUUUUCUGAUGAAUCGGCAGCAAUCCAAGCACGCAGACGAGAGGCGCAGAGGAUCGGAACAAUGAGACAACCAAGCGACUUGGAUGAUUACGAUGAAUACUCCCCCCAAGGAGAGCACUCCGGUGGAGAGGAACCCGAGACGUAUGAACUCAGACCCGGGCCAUUGAAACCCUUCAGGGCGCCAGGGAUCGCUAGGACGGAUAGUCAGGAGAGCGCGGAUACAAGAUGGGGCGUUAGCAGGGCCACAACAGCUAUUACGGGUAGUGGAGCAGGACCCCCACCCGUUCCGGGGGGAUUUGAGCCCGUCAAACGAACCGAUACUGGAUUCGAAAGCACGGACGAAGAAAAGAGCCCACCCGCAACUAAAGAUACAGCGCGAAGGGUGCAAUUGAUAGACGGCUAGGCUAAGUUAAGUUAUACCUUAUCGCAUUUCCUUUGUUUGAACGACUCAAAGUUGUGGGCGGGGUGCAAAGGGGUUCAUGUCAUGUUUUCAUUCUCUAUUACUCAUUUAGUUGGUUUGGGCAUAUAACCUUUUUCUUUUUCGUCUAUUUUCUUUUAUUUCUUUUCUUGUUCUCAUACCUUCUUUAUUACACAUUUUAUAUUUGCAUUUCACCCUCAUUUUUUCAUUUCAUAAGAAAAUUCUCCAAUUCCCCCCCCCCUCCUCCGCAUACCUGUUCACCGCUCAUACUUUUCGCGGCGGGGGCUUUGUACUUAGCUUGCGUUAUACACUUUUUUCUCUCUUCCUCUCCUUUUACACGGGGCUUGUCGGGUGGUGGAAAUUUACGGAGGUUUUGAUGUGUGAGGGUAGCGUGUAUACCUUUUCAUCCAUCCUCCUUUUGCAGUGCGGGUAGAGAUUGGGACAAUCGAUUCUGUUAUCAUG